AUGAGUUUCCAACCAGAGCCAGUCUCAUCAGCAUAUCGUCAAAGUAUGGAGGAAAUCGAAAAAGUCCCCGAGGCUGGGGGACCUACUGAAGACUAUGAGAAGGACGCAGAAGCCGUUCAAAGCGCAUCCCACGAUGAAACCGACGUCGAAAGCCAAAGAGCACCACAAACUCUACAAUCUCCACAACUUACAACUGAGAAAUCUGCGAAAGAUCCCAACCUUGUCGAGUGGGAUGGUCCCGAUGAUCCAGAGAAUCCUCAGAAUUUCUCCAAAUCUCGCAAAUGGCUUAUAACUGUGACCAUGUCCUCGAUGACUAUGUGGAUCACCUUCGCUAGCAGUGUGUUCUCAACAGCUACUGAAGUGACUGCUGAGGAGUUCCAUGUAUCAAGUGAAGUUAUGAUUUUGGGUACCAGCCUGACAGUUUUUGGAUUUGCAUUAGGUCCUCUUCUCUGGGCACCUAUGAGCGAGUUAUACGGACGUCGACUGCCGCUAUUCGCUGGUUAUACCAUGUUCGCCAUUUUUCAGAUCCCUGUCGCCGUGGCCCAGAAUAUAGAGACGAUAAUGAUCUGCCGCUUUCUAAUAGGCGUCCUUGGUUGUUCGCCUUUAGCCGUUGUUGGUGGCGCUAUGGUUGAUCUGUGGGACCCCAUAGAGCGUGCCGUUGCUAUCGCCAUGUUCAGCUCUGCUACUUUCCUCGGUCCUACCCUUGGUCCUAUCAUUGGUGGAUUUAUCACAGAAUCCUAUCUAGGGUGGCGCUGGACCGCUUGGAUCACCCUCAUCGCAUCUUCAUUCUUCGGCCUCUGCGCCCUCAUCAUCGUGCCAGAGACAUAUGCCCCGAAACUCUUACAAGAUCGUGCCGCCAGACUGCGCAAGGAGACCAAGAACUGGGCGUACCACUCCUUCCUCGACGAACACAAGCCUACUUUUGGAGAGAUUAUCCAGAAGUAUCUGACGCGCCCCCUUCAGAUGCUUUUCUUGGAACCUAUCCUGCUCUGUUUGACCAUCUACCUGGCCCUAGUUUAUGGCAUACUCUACCUUUUCUUCGAGGCUUAUCCUAUUUCAUUCGGCCAAGUUCGCGGCUGGGAAGACGCAGGCAUCGCCGCCCUCCCCUUCCUCGGUAUCAUGAUCGGUGUCAUACUGGGUGCAGCCUUCAUCAUCAUCACAACCAAGACUCGAUUUGCGCGCAAACUCAAGAAACAUGGCAAGGUCGUCCCUGAAGAGCGUCUCAUUCCAAUGAUGGUCGCCUCGGUUCUUCUACCUAUCGGUCUGUUCUGGUUCGGCUGGACAUCUAAAAAAUCCAUCUCCUGGGUACCACAGGUCAUAGCUGGUAUCCCAAUUGGAAUGGGCAUCUUGGUCAUUUUCAUGCAGGGCCUUAAUUACAUCAUUGACGUCUAUAUGAUGUUUGCCAACUCUGCCAUCGCUGCUAAUACCCUCAUCCGUUCAGUGCUUGGUGGCGCUUUCCCACUCUUCGCUACACAGAUGUAUGAAAAUCUUGGCGUUGAUUGGGCAUCCAGUGUGCUUGGUUUUAUUACCAUUGCUAUGAUUCCUAUUCCCAUCUUGUUCUUUUUCUAUGGGGCUAGGAUCCGUGCCAUGAGUCGCUUUACUCCGAAGUUUUGA